AUGGAGAUCUUCAUCAUCACCACUGUAGAGACGGAUUCCUUUUUUCAAUAUAGUGAUUCUCUUUUUAGAGGUAUCAAUAUGGUCCACCCUGAAAGGAGCCAGUACUAUGAUCAGGUGAACCACUUCCUCCUCGCCCUGGCUGUUGGUACCCUGGCUGGAGACGCCUUGAUUCAUCUUCUGCCGCAUGCCAUCAGCAUGGAAGCACCCCGAGGUAGCAACCCUACCCUCUUGCAUUCCUUCUACGGCUUCACUGCCCUUGGUGGCAUCGUCAUCUUCCUGUUCCUGGAGCGCUGUCACAACCUCUUCUGUGGACACGGCCAUGGCCAUGGGCAUAGUCAUGGCUUGGGGCUUGAUCUCAGCAAGAGUAAGGAGGACAUAGACAAAGAAACAGUUGGUACAACUACAACUCUUGAAGAUUCGGCCAGUCAGAUAACAGACAAGAUUGGAGAGAAGUUAUCAAAACAUUCCAAACACAAUUCCUUUAUCUAUGCAGAAAGUACCAUGACACUAGAAGCCCAGAACUGUUUUGAGGGUUGCAGCUCAAAUGUGAGUCCAAGUAGUGAUGCCAAUGGAAACAACGGUCCGAACAGAAGCCGAUUCGGAGAUGACCAACAGCCAACCCUUCCUGAGAAGCAGGGCCUGGUCUCAUCAGGUGACAGGGAUUCUGAGGUGGCAUCCAUUGACAAACACGUGGCAAUGUGCGCAGAGAAGGAGAAGUUAGCUUGCAGUGCAUCAGAAAAGGAGAGCCUGGUCACGACACCAGCUGAUAAGUCAGAGAUAGGAAGAGAACUCUCCCUAAUUCUGGACACCCCAUCAUCUGGGAGGCCAAAAGUCCUUCGACAAAACAGCUCCAGCUUCAACAUGGUCUUACAGGAAUACCAUGUUGGCCAUCAUGGUCAUUCUCACCAUGGCCAUUCUCAUGUGACAGGUCGAAAAGAUUCUCUCCGAGCUAUGAUCUUAGUAGGUGAUGCAAUGCACACGUUCCUAGAUGGCAUGGCAAUUGGGGCAGCUUUCGGAACUAGUGUGACAGGGGGCGUGGCAACCUCUAUUGCAGUUUUAUGCCAUGAACUGCCACACAAAGUUGGGGACUUCGCACUACUCUUUGAGAUGGGAAUGCACCUACAACAAGCGAUAAAGAUGAUGGCCCUCCUGUGGGUGCUGAGUUUGGCUGGCCUUCUCUUAGGGGUUAUGCUGGGUUCCAUCCCAACUGCGUCGCCUUGGAUCUAUUCUUUCACGGCUGGAGUAUUUAUCUACCUGGCGCUUGUGGAUCUGCUUUCAGAGUUAUCAGUGCAGAGAGGGGAGAAGUUUGGUGUGGCAGGCCAAUUGCUCCUCCAAGGACUAGGCAUGCUCACAGGUGCCGUCAUCAUGCUUAUUAUCGCCAUCUACGAGCAUGAUUUGGAGGACCUUCUCAGGGGCUCCUUCUAAAGGCACACUGCAAUUAUGCAGCUAGUGUGGUGCAUAGACAUCACAUGAUGCAUCUUCCACAAAGUUUUUUGGAAUAAGAAAAGGAAAAGGUCUUACUUUUUGUUCUUUGCUUUUAUGCGUGGUUGUACUGGCAUUGGCAAAUGUGCUUGUGAGGUGUGAUAUUUAUUAAUUGACUCACAGCGUUCAGAUCGAUGUCUGGUGUGGUGAAGUUUGCGUGGAGAUUGUCUAAGCUUUCAAACAUGACAAUAGUAAGUGUACAAUAAACACUAAACAAAAAGAAGGAUAAGGUUGUAUUUCUUUAAUGACUUAAGAAUUACCAGAUAAGGAAUUUUUUAAAGAUACUAUUGUGAUAUAAACCCAGUGACUGCACAAAACUAAACCCACAUAAAGUGAGCCUAGCAAAAACUCAUCUUGACUAAUUCCAAGUGAGGAAACUAUGUUGGAUCCAAGGCUUUCAAGUCAGAAUCCAAACAGCUGGCAGAUGCAAAAGUCUAUAGAUACAUGCUAAGCUUUUGUUUUAAGAUAAAGUGAGUGCAAUCUGUUCUGUGUGAAAAAAACAACACUAAUGCAGCUCUUCCUGGAUUAUGAAAAGUGACUGUUCAUCUUUGCUUAAAUUUUUGAUGUGGCUUUUCAUUUAGGUGAAUAUGUAAGGACAGACUUUAUAAAGCCAUACAUAGUUUAAAUGUGUAGAAUAUGGAGAUCUUCAUCAUCACACUGUAGAGACGGAUUCCUUUUUUCAAUAUAGUGAUUCUCUUUUUAGAGGUGGGAGGGUGGGCUACAGUUUAUAGAUACAGUUUAUAGAGCUUUAGGGGGUUGGGGGAUGGGCGAAUGGUGUGAAAAAACAACAAAAAAACUUGCCUUACAGUAACCGCAGUCUGAAGUGUCAUGGAAUUGGCAUGACGAGUUCCUAUGGUUCUGCUCAUUUUUUUUUCUCUCUCCAUAUUUUUUUCUCUCUUCAAUGUACACUGGGCUUUUUGUCUGGGAAAUAGCUAAAAGACAUCAGACUAAUGAUAAAAAAGGAUAAAAUAACAUGUAUACUGAUUAAACAAAGCCUACAAUGCCAUGGAAUG